UUUCCCUGCAAAUUUUCCUCCACCUUUUUGCCCUUUAGACAUCCCAUUGUUGUCUUUGAUCCAUCCCAGACAUCCCUUCAGUCCAAUCACUGAAUAUAAAGCACUUCUGUUUUCCAAAAUCAUUUCUUACUUUUCACAUUUAAACUAAAUUCAAAAGGUUUUUUCUUUUUUUUUUGCAAAGUGUCUGUAUCUGUACGUAUUGUGAAACCUCUGGCCUCUUGUUUUGGUCUUUUUGUGGAUUUGUAAGUUUCUGGUACGUAUAUAGAUAUAGAUAUACAAACACUGAUAAUUGAUCUUGAGAGGAUAUGGUGGAAUCACAGGGAUGAGCAGGGUUGGGCUAUAAACCACCAACAAAAACCCACAUGAAAUUUGUAGGGAUACGACUCAAACACAUUGAAAUCAUGUCCACAGGAUUCUCAAAUUUCUAGGUUCUCGGAAUUUCAGGCUCACCAGUUUGGGUUUCUUUCUCGAGAAAAAUCUCUCAUUUUCUAUUGGUUUUCUUCCAAGCCCAAAUGGUGCCGAUUUGAAUGUAAGCCAUUUGCAAAGUUGUGCCAGACAUGAAUUCUAGCAUUUGGAUCUUUGCUUUUGUGAAGUUUCAGCAUCUGGGUCUUGGAGUUUUGUGAAAAUCUUGACCGUUUGAAGAGCUGGUUUGAAAUUGUUUGGAGAUUCAAGGACUCCUCCUUUUAGUAAAGGUAGGUUUUACUUUAAUUGGACCCUUCUUGUGAGAGCUGAAUUUCUGUUCAAAGCUGUUAGCAGAAGACAUUGGAGAGGUGGUGAAGUACUAUUUGAGUGGCUGCUGUGAUGUUAUUUCUUGGUGGGUUCAACAAUUGGGCACUGUUUCUGGACAGAAAGUGAAGGUAGUGAAGUUUGAAUAGACUAUGGGUAGUAGAGGGUUUGUGUUGUGGAUUGUGGGUUUACUGGUUUUGAAGCUGAUGGAGGGCUCUUAUGCAACUCUUUCUCCUACUGGCAUAAACUAUGAAGUUGUAGCUCUGAUGACUAUAAAAUCUGAUCUCCGUGACCCACACAAUGUUUUGGAGAACUGGGACAUCAAUUCAGUAGAUCCUUGUAGUUGGAGGAUGGUUACAUGCACUCCCGAUGGCUAUGUUUCUGCUUUAGGACUGCCCAGCCAGAGCAUAUCCGGGACCUUGUCAACUGGGAUUGGAAACCUCAGUCACUUGCAAUCUGUGCUGCUUCAGAACAAUGCCAUUUCUGGUCUGAUUCCCUCUACAAUCGGCAUGUUAGAGAAUCUUCAGACGCUUGAUCUCUCCAGCAACAAAUUCACUGGUGAAAUACCUGGUUCUUUGGGAGACCUCAAGAACCUCAAUUAUUUGCGACUGAACAACAAUAGCCUUUCUGGACCCAUUCCUGAAUCUUUGUCCGAAAUUGAUGUCCUGACUCUUGUGGACGUUUCCUUCAACAAUCUCAGCAGUCCAGUGCCAAAAAUAUCUGCAAGAACUUUCAAAUUAGUCGGCAAUCCUUUAAUUUGUGGGUCUAAUUCACAUUACAACUGUUCAGUCUACCCAGAGCCACUAGCCUUCCCACCAGACGGUGCAAAAGCUGAAACACAAUCAGGGGUGAAAAACCACCGCGUGGCUCUUGCUUUUGGUGUAAGCUUUGGUUCUGCGUUUCUAAUCAUAUUAGCUAUUGGAUCAUUUGUGUGGUGGAGAUAUAGGCACAACCAGCAGAUUUUCUUUGAUGUUAACGAUCAAUAUGAUCCAGAGGUACGCUUGGGCCAUUUGAAAAGGUAUACCUUCAAGGAACUCAGGGCGGCAACUGAUCAUUUCAACUCCAAGAAUAUCCUAGGGAGAGGAGGGUUUGGAAUUGUCUACAAGGGUUGUUUAAAUGAUGGGAGUAUUGUGGCUGUCAAAAGGUUGAAGGACUACAAUGCUAUUGGUGGUGAAAUACAAUUUCAGACAGAAGUAGAGAUGAUAAGUUUGGCUGUCCAUCGGAAUCUUCUUCGGCUUUGGGGGUUCUGCUCGACUGAAAAUGAACGGCUACUUGUUUAUCCGUACAUGUUGAAUGGGAGUGUAGCUUCUAGAUUAAGAGAUCAUAGUCAUGGUAGACCAGUUUUAGACUGGUCCAGGCGAAAGAGGAUAGCUCUGGGUACAGCAAGGGGCCUACUAUAUUUGCACGAACAAUGCGACCCCAAGAUUAUUCACAGAGAUGUUAAAGCAGCCAAUAUUCUGUUGGAUGAAGACUUCGAAGCAGUUGUUGGAGAUUUUGGGUUGGCAAAGCUUUUGGAUCACCACGAUUCUCACGUGACCACAGCUGUCCGUGGCACAGUGGGCCACAUUGCUCCCGAGUAUUUGUCAACUGGCCAAUCAUCAGAGAAAACAGAUGUGUUUGGGUUUGGUAUCCUUCUUCUUGAGCUAAUUACUGGUCAGAAGGCAUUGGACUUUGGGCGGGCAGCAAACCAGAAAGGAGUGAUGCUGGAUUGGGUAAAAAAGCUUCACCAGGAGGGAAAGCUAAAUCUAUUAGCGGACAAGGAUUUAAAGGGCAAUUUCGACCGGUUAGAGUUAGAAGAAAUGGUUCAAGUUGCACUUUUAUGUACUCAAUUCAAUCCUUCUCAUCGUCCAAAAAUGUCUGAAAUACUAAGGAUGUUGGAAGGAGAUGGCUUAGCCGAGAAAUGGGAAGCCUCACAAAACGUUGAGACACCAAGGUACCUCCGGUCAUAUGAAAAUCCUCCUCAGAGAUACUCAGAUUUCAUAGAAGAAUCUUCACUUGUGGUUGAAGCAAUGGAACUCUCUGGUCCCCGGUGACAAAUACCAACUUAUCUUUUUUUACUUUUUUACGGGUUUUCCACUCUAUACAGUUUUUUUUGGUGUCGUUUAGCUACGAGGAUUCGAAGUGUUAUUUGAUUGAUGUUGAUAGCUGUUGAAUGAAUGUAUUGAUCUGUAAAAAGGGGAAGUAAUAGAUAAGCAUCUGGUUCUUUGUUGGAAAGAUUGGUGUAGUGCUUGAGUUGAUGGUGCCUUUCUAAAAAAGUUGGAAUCAGGCUAGGAACUUGUUUGUAAUUACGAAUGCAAGCUCAAUGGCAUAGAUCCACAUGUAUUUGAGCACA